CAUAGAGCGACCAGCUUGCGAGUAAACAGACUAGUUCCGCUGUCGCGAUGGAAUCAAACAAGGACGAAGCUGAACGGUGUAUAAAGAUUUCUAUAAGUGCGCUCAGUAAUAACCAACCAGACAAAGCUAAGAGGUUUCUAGAAAAGGCACAGCGUUUGUUUCCAACCGAUCAGGCCAAAAGUUUACUAGAGUCCAUCGAACAGAAUAGGAAACCACCGGAUGAAGAAGAGAGGCCUAUGAAUGGGGAUGGUUCUGGAGUGAGACAACGUAGCCAUGGAGACGAAGCCACAGACUCAGCCAAACCAUACACAUCAGAUCAGCUGGAUGCUGUUAAAAAAAUAAAGAGUUGUAAAGACUACUAUGAGAUUCUGGGAGUUGAAAAGGACGCCGGGGAGGAGGACCUGAAGAAGUCCUACAGGAAACUGGCCCUGAAAUUCCACCCCGAUAAAAACCAUGCUCCAGGAGCCACAGAGGCAUUUAAAGCCAUUGGCAAUGCAUACGCUGUACUCAGUAACACAGAGAAGCGGAGCCAGUAUGACCAGUAUGGUGAGGAGAGAGCUCACCCUACGAGACAACAGCACAGGCACCAGCGCCAUGACUUCGAAGCCGACAUCUCGCCCGAGGACCUCUUCAACAUGUUCUUUGGAGGAGGUUUCCCAUCACGUAAUGUACAUGUUUACAGAAACGGCGGAAUGCACUUUGGCCAUCAGCAUAGAGCAGGACCAGAGAGGCGAGAACAGCGGGAUGGAGGUUUUGCCCUUUUUGUCCAGCUGAUGCCCAUCCUCAUCCUAAUCUUCGUCUCCGCCCUCAGCCAGAUGAUGGUGACCCCUCCCCCCUACAGCCUUAGCCACCGCUCAGGUGCGGGCCACAUCAACCGGAGGCAGACACAGACCCUGAAGGUGUCUUACUACGUAGGAGCUAGCUUCACCAAGGAGUACUCUGGAAAAGACCUAAGGAAUGUGGAGAGGAGCGUGGAGGAAGACUACAUCUCCAACCUCCGGAACAACUGCUGGAAGGAGAAGCAACAGAAGGAAGGCUUGCUGUACCGUGCUCGUUAUUUCGGAGACUCUGACUUGUACCAAAGGGCUCAGCGGAUGGGUACGCCUAGCUGCUCACGACUGUCGGAGAUUCAGAUCAUGCUACAUGGAUAAGAACCCACAAACAAACAGAAUGAUUAUUUGGUACUUGAAUCGAAUGAGAAGAAAUCAAUAUACAACGCCCUAUUCAAGCCCACACAAAAAUUGGAGCAGCAAUUUGAGAGAAACUGCCUUAGAUCCAUAUGGUGGGUUGCAGACAGAUAUGGCCUGUCGGGGGGACCCCUCUCUGCACACUCCUGUGGUCAGUCUUAACUUCCUAUAGAACUGUGAAACAGACGGACAAGGUGAUAGCUGGUUUAAAUACAAAAACACUUCAAGGCUGGCAGAACUAGACGGGUGUCAUGGUUUUUUGAAAACGAGAGAUUAAAUGUAUUUUUGAAUGGUGCAUUGCCUUCAGAAAGUAUUAACACCCCUUGACUUUUCCACAUUUUGUUGUGUUACAGCCUGAAUUAAAAAUGUGUUAAAUAUUGAGUCAAUAAGUAUUCAUCCCCUUUGUAGUGGCAAGCCUAAAUAAGAUCAGGUGUAAAAAGGUGCUUAACAAGUCACAUAAUAAGUAAUAGUGUUUAACAUGAUUUUUAAUGACUUCCUCAUCUCUACCCCACACACAAAAUUAUCUGUAAGGUCCCUUCAAACACAGAUUCAACCACAAAAACCAGGGAUGUUUUCCAAUACAUCGCAAGGGCACCUAUUGGUAGAUGGGUAAAAAAUAACAAAGCAGACAUUGAAUAUCCCUUUGAGGAUGGUGAGGUUAUUAAUUACACUUUGGAUGGUGUAUCAAUACACCCAGUCACUACAAAGAUACAGGUGACCUUCCUAACUCAGUUGCCGGAGAGGAAGGAAACUGCUCAGGGAUUUCACCAUGAAGCCAAUGGUGACUUUAAAACAGUUACAGAGUUUAAUGGCUGUUUGCAACAAGGCACUAAAGUUAUACUUAAAGAAAUAUGGCAAAGCAAUUAACUUUUUGUCCUGAAUACAAAGUCUUAUGUUUGGGGCAAAUCCAAUAUAACACAUUACUGAGUACCACUCUCCACAGGACAGGAGUUUUUUAGGAUAAAAAAUAAACGGAAUUGAGCUAAGCACAGGCAAAAUCCUAGAGGAUAACCUAAUUCAGUCUGCUUUCCAUCAGCCACGGGGAGGUGAAUUCACCUUUCAUAGGACAAUAACCUUAAACACAAGGCCAAAUCUACACUGGAGUUUCUAGCCAAAAAGUCAGUUAAUGUUCAAGUGGCCAAGUUUACAAUUUUGACCUAAAUCUGUUUGAUGGCAAGAUGUGGAAAUGGUUGUCUAGCAAUGAUCAACAAACAAUUUGACUGAGCUUGAUGAAUUUGAAACAAUGAUUAAUGGGCAAAUAUUGUACAAUCAAAGGUGUGCAAAGCUCUUUAGAGACUUACCCAGAAAGACUCACAGCUGUAAUCGCUGCCAAAGGUGAUUCUAACAUGUAUUGCCUCAGGUGUGUGAACACUAGAUUUCUGUUUUUAAUUUUCAAUAAAUGUGCAAACAUUUCUAGAAACAUGUUUUCACUUUCAUUAUGGGUUACUGUGUGUAGAUGGAUGAGAACAUGUUUUUAUUUAAUCAAUUUUGAAUUCAGGCUGUAACACAAAUGUGGAACAGGGGUAUGCAUCAUUUCUGAAGGCACUGUAUACUGCUAAAGCUGCUAAAAUAAAGCUUCCUUUUCCCUAUUAUGUUUUGAUAAAUAUUUUGAAGAACCAACUCAAGGCCUUCUGUUAUAGACAUCUAAACCAAUAAUUAUUUUUAUAUAUAUAUAGUUCAUACUUGUAUAUACUAUACAUCGUAAUUUUUAACAACACACUGUAGAUGGCGUUAAGAAGCUAAUGUCAUUUACUAUAUCAUUUAAUGAACCCUGUGGAUUUGCUUGUAGCUCAUUGGAUUAUGGAUUAUGGAGAUGACUAUUGAAAAUGAUUGCACAAAUGAAAAUCUGUAUUUAUUAAAAUUUAACACAAAUCAGUCUCUUCCUUUUAUAGUCACAAUUAUGACUUAAUGUGGUGCCACUGAAAUAUUACAGAGACAAAUAUUUGAUCCAUUAACAAAGUACUUCAUGUGGAUAUUUAAUUAGAAAAAUAAUUAAGUUCUUGAAGGAAAGUACAAAAAGCAGUACAGAUUAACAGGUGAAUAUUUGUGUAUCAAAGAAAUACGUCUAAUCAAAUGCAUGGUUUAAAAACAGCAGUUUUGCAUUGUAAUGCCCAUAUCUUACAUUUGAUUGUCCCUACAUGUCAAUUGAUGUGGAUAAGCUGCCAUUAACAAGAUACAGUAUGUUCCCUUAAACAUUCAAAUGUUUGGUUUAAGAAUAAAAAAUAAACUACAUUUGAUGCAUAGUAAA